AUGCUCAAAGCAGCCCUCGCCCUCGCCCUCGCGGCGCUCCCGCGCAGCGCCCUAGCCCAGGCGGACCAGGAGCAGCGAACCUUGCGGUACAUGCCCUUUGGCGACUCCAUCACGGACUACGGCUGCUGGCGCCCGUGGCUAGCCGAGAAGCUCAAGGCCGACGGCCACACGCUAGACUUUGUUGGCGGCCGGCGCGCCGAAGCCGAGUGCGACGGCCUCGACUACGAUCGCGACCACGAAGGGCAUCCUGGCUUCCAGGCUGUUGAUAUUGUCAAAGACAACCAGCUGGCCGGGUGGCUGGCCGAUAACCCCGCUGACAUCAUCACCAUGCAUCUUGGGACGGUGGAUAUUGUUCGAUCGAGCACGAAGGCGGACGUGAUACUUCAGGCAUAUGAUGCGCUUGUGGAUGCCAUGCGCGAACACAAUCCCGCUAUGAGAAUCAUUGUCUCGCAAAUCAUCCCCUUCCCGGCCAACGACGGCCUCGUACAAGCGCUCAACGCGGCCAUCCCCGCCUGGGCCGAGUCCAGAAACACGACCGAGUCUCCGCUCUGGCUUGUCGACCAGUACACAGGGUUUAGCGGCACCGCAGACUUAUACGAUGGACUCCACCCGAGCGAGUCCGGCGACGUGAAGAUUAGCGAAGCGUUUUACCCAGCGAUGCUGCAGGCAAUCGAGAGUUUCGAGGCGGAGAAGUAA